CCUCAUAUCACUGUCAUGGCUGCUGCUGGCUCAAAGUCUGUGUUGUUCGUCUGCUUGGGGAACAUUUGCAGGUCCCCCAUCGCUGAAGCUGUCUUCAGGAAGAUGGCAACAGAUGCUGGAGUUGUUGAUAAGUGGAUCAUAGACAGUGGCGCCACGUCCGACUGGAAUAUAGGCAGCGCGCCGGACGCCCGUGGUCUGGCUUGCCUCAGCACUCAUGGCAUAGAGACGAGCCAUAGGGCCCGACAGGUGACUAAGGACGAUUUCAUGAGCUUCCAGUACAUUCUGUGCAUGGACGAGAACAAUCUGAGUGAAUUGAAUCGAAAGGCGAAGACGGUGAAGAACCCCGCAGCGAAGAUUGAGCUCCUUGGUUCAUACGACCCUCAGAAGCAGCGGAUCAUCAAAGAUCCAUAUUACGGAUGCGAUGAAGACUUUGAGAAGGUGUACGAACAGUGCGUACGAUGCUGCAAAGCUUUUCUGGAGGCAAACCCUUAACUCUGUUCAGUCCAUGAAACGUGUUUUCCUCAGUCUGCCGCCGAGAAACAACAGAAGCACUUCUCAGAUUAAUACCGUUAGUCCACUCUAGGACUUCCACAACACGUCUCGACAGUGUUUUGAGUCGUAUUCAAACCUCACAAUGUGUACGUUUAAAGCAGCAACACUUGUAGAUUACGUUUGGGUGAUCAAAUAAAACAAAUAA